UCUGCUAGUAGCAGCCGCCGCGCAGCCAAGGAGGCGUCGGCAGCGCCAGUCUCCACUCUCUCCGAACCGCGGGCUGCGCUCCCGCCGCCUCCCUUCGCCGCUGUUGAUUCGCCGCGCACCAGCGGCCGGGCCUGUGGCGGUGGCAGUCGCCUUAGCUGCGAGGCGGAAGCGGCGAGAAGCAACCCACACCGCCGGGCAGGGAGGCACCCGCGGAGCCGGCGGCGGCAGCAGCAGCAGCGGUGCGCUUUGCUCGCCUCGCCUGGCCUGGGCUCCUCCUCGAUGGCCUCGGGCUGCAGGGACGGCCCAGGGCAGGAAAAGUACCGGCUGGUGGUGGUGGGCGGCGGCGGCGUGGGCAAGUCUGCGCUCACCAUCCAGUUCAUCCAGUCCUACUUUGUUACCGAUUAUGAUCCGACAAUUGAAGAUUCUUACACAAAACAAUGUGUGAUAGAUGAGAGAGCAGCAAGACUGGAUAUCCUAGACACAGCAGGCCAAGAAGAAUUUGGAGCCAUGCGGGAACAGUACAUGAGGACAGGUGAAGGCUUUCUGCUCGUUUUCUCGGUCACAGAUAGAGGAAGCUUUGAAGAGAUCUAUAAGUUUCAACGGCAGAUUCUUAGAGUAAAAGAUCGUGAUGAAUUUCCUAUGAUUCUAGUUGGUAAUAAAGCAGACUUGGACCAUCAAAGACAGAUAACACAAGAGGAAGGACAGCAACUAGCACGGCAGCUGAAAGUAACAUAUAUGGAAGCAUCAGCAAAAAUACGACUGAAUGUAGACCAAGCUUUUCAUGAACUUGUCAGAGUUAUAAGGAAAUUUCAAGAACAAGAAUGCCCUCCUUCUCCAGAGCCAACAAGGAAAGAAAAGGACAAGAAAGGGUGCCAUUGUACUAUCGUCUAAAAAUCCUUUGAACCAAGCUAUUGACUGCCAGAUUAAUUCUCUUCACCUACCUUUCUAUGUGUCUCGGUGUUUUGUCUAGCCUUAUAUGUGCAUGUUGUAUAAAAUGGUCACCAAAGUAGCCUUAGUCUAGAAGAACCAGACUGACCCAGUCCUAGAAGACCUCUUAGUCCUCUCAGGUCAGAUGUCAAAACACUAAGGCUUCUUUUAAUAUUCCUGAUUUCUUUCUUCUGUUGUGUAAAGAAGCUUGCACCUUGUGGAGUUUUAUUCACAAUAGAGACGAAACAAUCUUAGACAAGGUAUUGAAGUCAAGCUUAAAAGUUGCUGUAUGAGUAUCCCCCCCCAUGCACACACACACACACACACUUGUGACAUCUUUGUUAAUCACACUCAAGAGGGAGUCCUCUAAUCAAAAUGUAGAGUAUUUUUUUAAAAAGCGGAUUUGGAGGUUUUACCCUUUGAUUAGGCUAGACUUCAAAAUUCAGCUUGCCUUACAGGAAGCCAAUACACUGAAUUUCAUUGUCAGGAGAGUUCUGUGUUUCAGCUCUUGUUUAUGCUGCAGCUUUUUUCAGUGGUCAACAGUCUACUGUAUUUAUUUUAUGGCUCCAGUAACAGCUACAGGAUUAUAACAAUUAAACUAUGUGGCCAAAUACCUGGGCUCAUUUCUGGACUUGAGCAUUUCAGUUUUAGAAGAUUUUACAACAUGGUUUGGAAUAAUAAUAAAAAGUGUCUUCCUUUUGUAUCUCCAGGUAAGGGAUUCAAGAAAACUAAACCUGUAGCUGAUUUUGUUUUUUGUGUAAUAUAAAAAGAUGAAUUUGCUCUUUUCAUUGUCAGAUGAUUAAAUGUUUUUUGCUAUAUACUUUUAUACAUUAUUUUCUUAUCAAACUAGUUAACAAGUAUUUUUAUAUGUUUGUAAGCAAAUAUGCUUUCAUGGCAUAACUUGUGUAUAUGUAAAGAUGAGUAUUUAAUUCUCACAGUACACUUUUAACUGACAAAAUUAAUGCAGGUUUUGCAGAACUGUGGUAGAACUUCUUUUCUGUUCCAGUUGUAUCCAGCAGUGGCCAACCAUGUGCCUGCCCAAUGUAUCUGUGAAGUGUCAUGGUUUUCCAAAUUGCCUUCCGUAUCCUUUUACAAAUGACUGAUCGAUAUGUGACAAUUAAACUGUACAAACCUUUCACUGAAUGUUCAGUUCAGUUGUGGAUUCUGUCAGACUUUCAAUUAUGCAAACUGUGGCUAAGCUAUUCAGGACUAUCCUGUGACAUUAAAUAUUGAGUGGUAUUGAU